GGCAUUGAAGCAAAUUCUACACAUUACCUUCUAGCCAUCUGUUUCCUAAGAAGAAAAAAUGGCAGCAAUUGAAAAGAAAACACAAAGCUCUCUGCAUCUUCGCAGCAACAGCUUGCCCUCUGCAGCUCACCCUCUUGUAUCACAAUUGGAGGAGCAAUUGCAAAGAUUGAGGGGUUCUGAAGCCUCUUCUUCAUUGUCAUCAUCUUCAGUGUGCCUCAAACUUAAUGACAUGCUUGAUUUGCAUGACUACACUGAUAAGUUGCUUCAAUUGCCAAUGGAACAAAAAGUCUCGGCACAAGAGUGCAAUGAUAGAUGUGUUGAUGACCUACUAGAAGGGUCUCUUAGGCUCUUAGAUAUCUGUAGUACAACUAAAGAUUGCCUUCUGCAAUCAAAGGAAAGCAUGUGCGACUUAAUGUCAGUCAUCCGAAGAAAGAAAAGCAAUGAAACUGGAUUCGCGGUUGAAGGUGUGAAAUACUUGGCUGCGAGGAAGAACAUGAAAAAGCAAAUUCGAAAGGUCCUGCAAAAUUUGAAGCAGAAGGACAACAACACUUCACCCAUGCUCAACUUCUUAAAUGAAGCAGAAGCAAUCACCCUGUGCUCAUUAGAACAAUUGCUACUGUUCAUCUCAGGCCCAAAAAGACACUCAAAGCACAGCAGAUGGUCAGCAAUAUCCAUGUUGAUGCAGCCUAAAAGAGUAAUUUGUGACUCUCAAGAAUCAAACACAAAUGAAUUUGAAAAGGUGGAUGCAGCUUUGCAAUCUCUCAUCAGUCACAGGCCUUCAUCUAUUGAGAAUUUUCGUAGUCAUAUGGAAAAUUUGGAGUUUUGCAUUCAAGAUCUAGAGAUAGGAGUUGAUCAGCUCUCAAGAAAAUUAAUUAGAAACAGAGUUUCCCUUCUCAACAUCUUCAACCACUAAUCAUAGUGAUAGUAUCUGUAUGAUUUUUGGGCACUCAAUUUUCCCCCGUGGGUCACACAACUGUACAUGAAUGUGAUUAAAUCUGUUUAUAUUUUACUGAAUACAUAUUAUUUAAGGAUCAAACUAUUGUAACUUCAGCAUCAAUCUCUUCUUUCCAGUUCCUUUGCUUACCUUCAACAUCUCAUCUUUUAAUUUCCCUUUUUCUUCUGAAAUUUCACCAUUAAUAUAAG